UCAGGAUAACCUUCGUUCAUCCCUGCUUGUUGCAUUUGAGAAGGCUACCAGGCAGACUCCGUCGACCUAUAUAUGUCGUGCCUUGGCAGAGUACACGGCGCUGGCUGUGACAUUUUCCAGACUGGAACGUGGGCGUCCUAUCGACGACCAGCGUGGCAACAUACGUGCUGUUUGCGUGCUUGAAUGUCAAGCAUUGCCCAUUCGCUGUUGUCGUGGGAUGUUCUCUAGCCAUCUCCGCGUCGGCCAUCUACAUGUCCCACUGUUCGGAUUCUGUCGAACAAUGCCACAGGAAGGUGGGCAAGCACCCUCUUCCUGACCGACCAGGCUUGACUGAACAUGAGCUCAGUAAGUCGCUGUAUCCCGUUCGCUGCUUCCCACGGGUGGCCAAGCGCAGUAACGCGCCUUGGCGUUAGUGGAUCGAAGGCCGUAGCCGGAAUUCUCUUCGCCGCAUCAAUAACGUGCCCGCGAAAGCCACUUGCGUCACUGCAAUACUGGCCCGGAGACCGGACGUAUCAUGCUUUUGACAAUGUGCUCUUGAUUGUCUUCUUCAGUCACGCAAGGUACGACGCGAAACUGGAUUAUUACCGAGAGGUAUACUCCCAGUUCUUCCCCAACAUUGUUUUCGUGGGCCCAGGUAGCAGGAAAGACCCAGGUUUUCGUCACUCAUACGAUGUACUGGUGGACUCGUACCAAUCCGAUGAGGACUUGGCCGACGCGCACGUCUACAAGAUGGCAGGAAGGAUGGCUCAUCGUAUGCUAUAUACUGCAAUGAAGGAGCAUAACUGCUACGACGGAUAUCUAUGGGCACCAUUUAUACAUUACUGAACGUCCCGCGAUUGCGGCAGUUUCACCAGCGGUACUUUUGGUACCACUCACUGUUCGCCCAGUAUGUGCACAACCCUGCCUUAGGCAACGCGGAUGCCAAUGCCAAUGCAAGUCGGCAUGCCCCUCC